AUGCCUACUCGGCGCUGGUUCGUUUUCCUCAACCACAGCCUCAAUCACGCUCCUGACACUUGUAUCCAGCCGUACCAGGUCGAGCCCAUCGGUGACAUCCGUGGCAACCAGGUUGGCUACAACAGGUGCAACUCCUCCACCGAGAACCAGGAUUCCUACUGCCAGACCCUCAUCGUCAACACCAUUGAUGGUUACUUCUGCUUGUGGUCCUCGCCCAAGGAGAACGACACCAUCGGUGUAUCCGAGGCUUACGAGGUUGCCUGGUGUGCCAAGAGUGGCCACGGCACUCGUAUCAUGCCUGAGGGCACGCUCCAGGGUCUUCAGCACAUCACGACCCCUGACUACAUCAUGAUCGUUGGUUUCCUCGACCAGACGAAGGUCAACUUGGCUGCUUCCGACUAUGGAGGCGAGCUCGACCCGCACGGCGCCGAUGAGCUUGGUAACCCCAUGGGUGGUAUGGUCUACUCCAACCAGUACCCCUCCGGCAACACCGACAACAGCUCCCUGACCCAGGUUAUUGAGUGGAAUCAGUUCAUUGGCAACGACCAGUUCUGCAUCAAGAUCUGCAACCCGUCCGAGACCACGCCCACGAACGUCGGCCUGUGCAACAACGUCUACGACGAGGUCGGCAUCUCGUACAACUGCCCGAACGCCGCGCAGAAGGGUGUGUUCGAGGUCUGCGACGGCGAGUCGAUGACGCCCAUCGGCCAGUACGUCUCCAACGGCGUCACGACGACCUGGACGCAGCCCUGGUCCGGCACGUGGACCGUCCCCUACACGCCGACUGUCCCCGCGUCGAGCAACUGCCGCACGUUCGCGUCCACUGAUCUUUACUCGGCUAACUCGUUCGCGACCUCGUCCGCGUCGGGCAGCGGUUCGGCGUCCGGCGCGAGUGCGACUGGCACGGGCGCGAAGCCGUCUGGCUCUAGUGCGUCGCGCUCUGGGUCGUCGGCGGGUGCGUCCGCAACUGGCGCGUCUGGCAACACGAGCGGCGCGAACCACGUCAUCGUGUCUGGCCUCGCGACCGUCCUCGGUCUCGGCGCGGCCCUCGCGUUCCUCGCAUGA